AUGGUAUCAGAGCACCGGCGAUCAAGCUAUGCCGCCGCAGUCAUCGGUGAAUCCAGCCACGGAGUUUCGGUUGCACCUCCGAUUCCACCUCAGGUUCCAGUUCCGCAGAGGAACGACGUUGCGGAGGAUAUGGAAAACCCGCUUUAUCUGAGCGUUAACGAGAACCCUAAUGCGGUUCUCGUCACGCCUCUUCUCUCUGGCAGCAGUAACUAUGCCUCGUGGAGCAUCUCAAUGCGCGUAGCCCUUGAAGUCAAGAACAAAUGGGGAUUAGUUGAUGGAAGUGUUCCGGCGCCGGAGAGGACUCACGCUCAAUACAGAUCCUGGAGGAGAUGCAACUUGAUCACAUCCUCCUGGAUUCUUCGCUCUGUCCACACUACAAUAGCACAGAGUGUCAUGUAUAUGGACGAAGCGAAGGAGAUUUGGGAUGACCUCAAACGGAGGUUCUCACAGCGAGAUGCGAAUCGGAUUUCGUUUUUACAGAGCGAGAUUUCUGGCCUGAAGCAAGGAGGUUUGUCGGUCAACGACUAUUACACUAAAUGCCGCACGCUUUGGGAGGAGAUGAAUGCUCUUAGGCCCCUCCCAAUCUGCAAGUGUAUACCAAGGUGCUCCUGUGAUCUAGUGGAUCAGAUUCGAAAGGAUCGAGAAAUCGAUCAAGUCAUCAGGUUUCUACAAGGAUUGGACGAAGAGUACAAUUCCUUGAAAUCGGGAGUUCUCAUGCUCGAUCCACUCCCAGAGAUGCACAAAGUUCUCGUGAUGUCUGAGAAAUUCGAGAGACAACUUAAUCUCACUAAUCUAAACAGCCUGGGAAGGGAUAUGACUCAAGCUAACGUUGUACAGAUUGACCAAGGCAGUUCUGAUGAGACAACUGCUGCUGCCUUCAACUUCUCGAAUGGUAAGAAAUUCGCAAACUCAGGAGGAACCAAGGCUAAAUGUAGUUUUUGUGGAAUGAACGGGCAUACCAUCAAGAAGUGCUACAAGAAGCACGGGUACCCUCCCGGUUGGGUACAAGGUUAUAAAUCUAAGGGAAAACAGUAUGCUGCCAAUGCAGUAGCUACUCAGACUGAUCAGACUUUCACUCCUCAACAAGUUCAAGGUCUGAUCUCCCUUCUAGAUCGAAUGGGGCAGAAUCAACAAUCUACCAAUGCUGCUGUGUCCUUAGUCCCAAGGUUCAAUAAAACCAACAACACCGGUGAUGAAGGCAAGUACUCUCGUACAAAAAUUAAUUCUGCUUAUUUGACCUUUUCUACUUGGAUUGUUGAUUCGGGAGCUACUGACCACAUCAUAUGUUCUCUUGAUUUGUUUGAUGAAUUUUAUACUGUGAAUGGUGCCAUGGUUAAUCUACCCAAUGGGGACUGUGUUGCUGUUAGACAUAUGGGGAAUAUAAAAUUGAAUGACAGUUUAUGGCUAAAGGAUGCCUUACAUAUUCCUUCGUUCAGAUUCAAUAUUAUAUCUGUAAAAAGGCUCCUGAAAAACUCAUCUUAUUCUUUAAUGUUUACACAUGAUCAGUGCCUUCUAGUGGAUCAUGGGAGGAUGAUUGGCUUUGCUAGAGAAGACAAGGGGCUAUACUUGCUAAAUAAUCCUCCAGUUACCUCUGUUGAAUCUCAUAUUUGUAUUCCUGCUUCGAUACAUUGUAAUAACGUUGAGCUAUGGCAUUAA